CAGCGGUUACACUGGUCGAAUUACUUUUUAUGGGUUUUUAUUUUAUAUAAAUUAGACAAUUUUAUCACUUUUGCGUGCGCGGGGUGUAUAAAAGAGUAAUUGACCGCCAGGUAACAUACUCCCAUUUCCUUCGGGCAGCGGGGUGGCUGUGCUGGGAAAGCUUUUGUGUGCCAAUUUCAUCACUAACAAUAUCGUCAUUGCACACGUGUCUGCUCAUUUUGAUAGUCCUUCGGGGAUGGAAAAGGGCGAAUACCCAAGCAUCUGCAGCUGUCCCACUUGGACGGUGAUUUGUGCUUUGGGCAACUAGAAAAUACAUAUAUACAUAAUUUGAGCAAGAACCAAAUCGCGUAAGCUGAGCUGAGCACUUUGCAUCGAGAAGGGGAAGCGCUGCAGUGGACAGUGGGAGAGUGGCUAUGUCGGAGUACUGGCACCAGACCAAUGGCACAGGCGGAGGACCGGCCACCAGUGAAUCCCCAAUGCAUUCAUCGUCGCGUGCCAGCAAUACCGAUGGAACCUCAGCAGCUGUGGCUGGGGUGGUGACGGAUGCCAACAGAAACACCAACGAGGGCGGCGGCAACAACAACUAUGUGAGUUUCAAUCAGUUCAUCAUGCAGCACAAUCUGGCAGCCAGCACGGGCGCACUGCCUUAUGAUCUCCUGGCUAGCAACGCGAAUUACACCGUCGGUGGGGGCGGAGGCGCCUUCGGACUAACGCCGUCCUCCUCGGGGAGCACCGCCGCCGGUGGCGACGUUUCAAAUAGCUUUGGAAAUUUCUACUCGCAGCCGGCGGUAUUCCCUCCGUCAUAUCAAAAUGGCGAUGGUGUCGCCGCCAGUUCGGCGGCAUUCGACAACAACCACGUGCAGAGGAGCCCGAUCUCCAAUCUGUACACGCCCUUUGGCAAUAAUCCGUUUGAUUUUAGCGCCUCUAAGCUGCAGGCGUCAGCCCCAGAGUUUGUGCCCAACAUAAUGAAGCUCAGCCUCGAGGAGUCCUCUGGCCUGACGAACGGCAAUAGCACUGCCAACCAUGAAACUGCCGUGAACGAGGGCGCAACACAUCGUCCAGAUCUUCAGGGAGCCGAUGGCCAUCGCGGCAGCUCCACAGGCGGCGGACCACAGCCAAGAUGUAAUCACAAUUAUGCCUUGCCCACCGAACGGGAUCGUGACAGAGAACGGGACCGCGACAGAGUGCGGAACCGUGACAGAGAGCGGGACCGUGAUCGGGAUCGGGAUAGAGACUUUCGGGGUGGCGGCACACAUCAGCAGCGUCGCGGUGACUAUCGCCAUGAUCGCGAAGAGCGUCGCGAGGAUCGAUACGACCGCAACGAACGUAAGAAGCCACAGAAGCAGCAGCGUUAUGACAAUAAUCGCAGCAACAAAAGACGCGACGACUGGAACAGGAAUCGGGAUCGCAUCAACGGAUUUCCGAGAGCCGUCGAUGACCUGGACACGAGCAAUGAAAGCGCCCAUCCGUCGCCCGAGAAGCAGCAGCUGCAGCAACAACAGAUCUCGCCACGCCGUGCCCCGCCGCCUCCAGAUAGCGAGAAGCUCUCGCAGCGGGAGAAACUGAUCCGCGACAUCGAACAGAGGAGAUUGGAGUGCCUCGUCUGUGUGGAGACUAUCAAGUCGCACCAUUCGACGUGGUCCUGCCAGAACUGCUACCACGUGAUCCAUCUCAAGUGCACCAUCACCUGGGCGAGUAGCUCCAAGUCGGAUGUAGGCUGGCGCUGUCCGGCAUGCCAGAAUGUGCUACAGGAUUUGCCCCGAGAGUAUCUGUGCUUUUGCGGCAAGCUCAAAAAUCCGACAGUGUCGCGCAACGAGCUGGCCCACAGCUGCGGAGAGGUGUGCUGCCGCGUCGAGGGAUGUAGCCAUGCGUGCACACUGUUGUGCCAUCCCGGACCCUGUCCGCCGUGCCAGGCGAAUGUAGUGAGGAGCUGCGGCUGCGGCAGAAGCUCCCAGACAAUGCAGUGCGCCAUGAAGGAGGAGCUCAAGUGCGGUGAGAUUUGCAACAAGAUAUUGAACUGCGGCGAGCAUCAUUGCAAGGAAGAGUGCCACUCGGGCAAGUGUGCCGCCUGCCCGGAGCAAGUGGAGCAGCACUGCCACUGUGGCAAACAGGAUCGUCAGGUUCAGUGCACGCGCGAGAGCCUAGACAAGCGCAAUUACUCGUGCAAGGAGAGCUGCGGCCAGCCGCUGCCUUGUGGCAAUCACAAGUGCAAGGAUUCCUGUCACGCCGGAAACUGCAGACCCUGCAAACUGAGUCCCGAGCAGAUUACUAGCUGUCCGUGCGGCAAGAUGCCUGUGCCGGAAGCCCAGCGCUCGAGCUGCAUGGAUGCCAUACCCACGUGUGAGGGUAUCUGCUCGCGGACGCUGCGCUGCGGCAAGCCAGCACACCCGCAUCAGUGUGGCAGCAAAUGCCACCUGGGGCAGUGUCCACCGUGUCCCAAGCAGACGGCUGUAAAGUGCCGAUGCGGCCACAUGGACCAGAUGAUUAAGUGCCGCCAGCUGUCCAGCCGAGCCGACGACGCGCGCUGCAAGAAGCGCUGCAUCAAGAAGCGGAGCUGUGGCAAGCACAAGUGCAAUGCCGAGUGCUGCAUCGACAUUGAUCACGCCUGUCCGCUGCCGUGCAACCGCACAUUGAGCUGUGGCAAACACAAGUGUGACCAGCCCUGUCAUCGCGGCAAUUGUCCGCCUUGCUACCGUAGCAGCUUCGAGGAGCUUUACUGCGAGUGCGGAGCCGAGGUUAUCUAUCCGCCAGUGCCGUGCGGCACCAAGAAACCGCUUUGCAAGCGUCCGUGCUCGCGCCAGCAUCCAUGCGAGCAUACACCGCAGCACAACUGCCAUUCGGCGGCCACCUGCCCGCCCUGUAUGAUGUUCACCACAAAAUGGUGCCACGGAAACCACGAGCAACGCAAAACCGUUCCCUGCUCCCAGGAGAGCUUCAGCUGCGGGCUGUCCUGCGGCAAGGCGCUGCCCUGUGGCCGUCACAAGUGCAUCAAGCCCUGCCACGAGGGCCCCUGUCAAUCAUCUCCAAGCGAGAUUUGCCGCCAGAGCUGCACCAAGCCGCGCACGCUCUGUGGCCACAAGUGUGCUUUUGCCUGCCACGAAGGCGCCUGCCCGGAGACACCAUGCAAGGAGCUGGUGGAGGUGCAGUGCGAGUGCGGCAACCGGAAGCUGAGUCGCAGUUGCCAGGAACUGGCUCGCGAGCACAGCCGCAUUGCCACCGCCCAACUGGCCUCGUCUAUGGCCGAGAUGUCCCGCGGCAACUAUAUGGAACUCAGCGAGAUACUGGCACCGGCUAAAGUCAACAAGUCGAACAGAACUCUGGACUGCAACGAAGAGUGUCGAGUGUUGGAACGGAAUCGCCGUUUGGCGCAGGCACUGCAGUCGCGCAAUCCGGAUACACAGCAGAAAUCUCUGACCAAGUACUCGGAGUUCUUGCGGGGAUUUGCCAAACGAAAUCAGGCACUGACCAAGAGCGUGUACGAGACGUUGACAGAUCUGGUGAAGCUGGCCAAAGAGAGCAAGCAGCGGUCGCGCAGUCACUCCUUUCCAACCAUGAACAGGGAGAAGCGGCAGAUGGUGCACGAACUGUGCGAGAUAUUCGGCAUUGAGUCGGUGUCGUAUGACAAGGAACCCAAUCGCAAUGUGGUGGCCACGGCACACAAGGAAAGAUGCUGGCUGCCUGCCACAAGCAUUAUGGAGGUGUUGGCCCGUGAGUCCGGACAACGACGCGUUCCAGUGCCCAGCAAUAAUGCUUGGGGUCUGAAAAAGUAGCUCUGAACCAGAAUCAGGAAUAGUUUGUGCACUUAUAUACACACAUUUCAUUAAACGUUGGCGCUGGAUAUUACAUAUUAUACAAUUGGAAUGAGAAUUAUAGCAUGGAUACCGGAGGAGGAGAAGGAGGAGGCCGAAGAAGACAGGAAGCGCUACGAAGACAAUACACAAAGCGAUUCACAGGAGAAUAUCCUUUUUGCAUUAAUUUUUUUGUAUAAUGUAAAUAGUUAGGGAAACUGUAACCGCACCCGUCUGUCUGUUGGAACACUGAAUGGAUAUGGGGAUCUAUCUGAAAACGACGAUGGAUUGAAGAGUUGAAAAUGCUGUUAAUACAAUCUGUUGUACGAUGAAUUUAAUUGAAAAUAAAAAACAUUCUGGCCCCGUUGCAUAUAUAAAGUAUAACAGAUCAAA